GCUGUGCUCGGGGAGGGUUCAUUCCGUAGGGCGCUGCCUUAGGGAGGAGGGCAGCCAGCUGCCCUCCCCAUGUGUCUGCUUUUGUUUCUCAUAGUCGUGCCGGUAGCUGCAGCUCUCGUCUUCUCAGUGUUUCGUCUUAAAAAUGACAUGUGGAGGGAGCGCUGCGUAGUUAUUACCGGAGCCACCGGUAGCCUGGGUCGUGCACUUUGUAAAAUCUGUCUUCAACUUGGCGACCAAGUCAUAGCUGUUGAUGUAAAGGACGCCGACAGCGUUAAAAGCGUUCUGUCUGAGGUUACUGCAACCGGAGCAGGAGUCGCUGCUCGUGGCGACGAAAAUGUUCGUGCCCGAAAUGUCUCCUCUACGGGUUCCAAGAAAGACACAGAGCCUGUAAAAGCCGUCGACCGCCUUCUUACCGUUACUUGCGACAUCACUAAACAAGCCGAUGUGGAUCGUCUCUUUCAACGCAUCCAGGAAUCCAAAUGGCAGCCUGAAGUCCUUGUCAAUGCUGCAGCAAUUGCUCCGAAAAAAAUGCUUCUCGACAGUUCGGGAGAUGAGUUGCUUCAUUGCUUGUCCGUUAACGUCGCCGGUCAGCUGAACGUCAUCCGUAGUCUUCGUAAUCUGCUCGAGCGUGCUAAGAAGCCACACAUCAUCAACAUUGCCUCUGCUCUCGCUCACUUCAGUGCCGUGGGCGUCGGCGCUUACGCUGCCUCCAAGGCUGCUUUGCUGUCUGUGCACGAAACACUCGAGAAUGAGUUGCGUCAGCAGCAUUCUAACAUCGAUAUGUCGCUUUACUCGUUUGGUCAAUUCGAGUCGCCUAUGUUUCCCGAGGACACACCGAACAAGUUCCUGGCUCCCAUUCUGAAAGCUGAGGACGUCGCCAUCUCCAUCGCUUACAACAUUCGCAAGCACAAGUGUGGCCGUCACUUUAAGCCCCGUUAUGUUCAUGCUAUGCCUUGGAUGCGGCCACUCCCGUUGUGGCUGCAACGUAUUGCUCGGGCCUUCAGUGGAAUGGACAAUGUGUAUGCGAGGAAGAAGGAAGACUGAUCUGCACGCAGAGUCGAAAUGUCUGUAGGAUGAUAGUUUUGUAAAUAAUGACAUUUUAAAAUUGACACGGACGAAGC